AAGCAUUUCAGAAAAGGACUGCGAGUGAAGGCUUCUGAAAGAUCCUGGGACUUUACCCCACCCUCUACACUAAUUGGGUACAGUCCACCGAGUUGGCGUGGGGGGCGGGGGUUGUUGUCUUGACAACAGAUCUCAUUGGCCUGUCAAAGUGAAACUGUUGGACGAUUGGCUGCGAAGCUUUCCAGAGGCCUGCCCCGGUCGCUGAUUGGAUGAGGGGCAGCCAAACUCCCCCCACUCCUUUCCCGCAGGGUUCUGUUGCUCGGCAACCGAUUUGCGACCUCCAGCGAAGCGGGCACCCAUUUACACCUGUGAAACGUAAACUACCCGACUAACGAGGGCCCCACGCUGCUCUGAGCUUACACCUCUCCCGCUCGCCGCCGCACGGAAGACACGGGUUGUGCCAGGUGCUCAUCCAAGUUUGCCUUGAGACCAGGCUGUGGGCUGGCACGGCGGUCGCACACCGCAGUUGAGCACGUGCCCGGUUUCCUUCUUGAAGUCAGAGGAGAAAAAAAAGUCACUGUUCUAUGUCCAAUUUAGAGCCACUUCUGUUGGGAGGACACAGCGUUCUGGGGCUCUAGAAAACAAGAUUUAUGUCGGAGUGGGAGAGUGACCGGUAAUCUCAGACAUCUGUCUCAGAGUGCAGCCUAGGAGUGUGGGGACAAGUGCCAGGCCCUUUGCUGCCUUAUCAUGCACCGCAGGGCUUACUUCUUGCUGGAAAGAGACUUCCAAGAGUUGAAGGAGAACAAUUUUAAGGGUAUUACUGCCUUUCCUGUAAGUGAAGAUCUGAUGGAAUGGGGAGCUAGUAUUCAAGGUCUACAGAAUACAGUUUGGCAAGGAUUAUUCUUCCAACUGACAAUAAAUUUUACAUCGGAGUACAAUUUGGUCCCUCCAGUUGUGAAAUUCUUAACAAUUCCUUUUCAUCCAAAUGUAGACCAAAAUACUGGUCGGGCCUGUAUAGAUUUUUUGGACGACCCUGCUAAGUGGAAUACAAGCUAUACAUUGAGCAGCAUUCUAUUUACCCUCCAGGUUAUGCUUUCGAAUCCAGUGCUAGAAAAUCCAGUGAAUUUGGAAGCAGCCCAAAUGCUGAUUAAAGAUGAAUCUCUGUACAAACAAAUAGUUCUAAGAUUUUUCAACCAACCAUCACAAUUGAGAGAUGACAGGCCUGAGUCACUUAAAGAUCCAGAUAAAUUUAUCAGAUCAACUAAGGCAGUCUCAUUUAAUGAUUACUACAAGACAUGGUCUGGAAUAGCCACAUCCAAAGCCACAGAGUAUUAUAGAAGUCCAUGUAAGAGCCCUGGACUGCAGUCUUCUUAAAAGCCAGAAGGAAAGAUAGACUUUUGGAGGAAUAAAAGAUGAAGUCCUCAGUCUCAUGAGGCUUACUUUACUCCCUUCACCCCAAAAAGAAGCCUUCAUAGCAAGAGGAGCCUUUUUGAUUCUAAACACAAUUAUCCUCAAAGCCAGAGAGAGUAUUAAGUAGAAAGACAACAAGAAAACAUAUGAGCCUAGGGCUUUCAGUGAUCAACCUAGGGACGAAUCACCUGUUGCCAUCAUACAUUAGGAGCCAAAAAGGCAAAAGCGGAGAGCCAGACAGCUUACUGGUCUUAUUUAAUUGAAUCUUUUGUGUGCUGUUUAAUUAUUUGGAUCCAAGUAGGUUAUCCAGUCUGUCCUGCUAAAAUGAUGCAUUCUGAAGUUACCCAUGACAUCCUAACUCCCAGGCUCAGUGAUAACUUUCUUUUUUAAUUUUAAGUGGGCUCCUCGCCCGGUGUGGUGCUCAAACUCACAACCCUGAGAUCAAGAGUCGCACCAACCGAGCCAGCCAGGCGCCCCAACCUUUUAGUCUUUAUCUUUACUUGUACUCUUGUUUGCUAUGCCUUCCUUGAGUUAGAUGACACCAUCAUCCAUGGUUUGUCUCCUCCCCUCCUCAGUGCUCCCCUGCCUCUUUCUUUAGCAAAAACUUUUUUUUAUUAGAGAGAGAGAGAGAGAGAGAGAGAGACAAAGCACAUGCGAGUGGGGGAGGGGCAGAAAGGGAACAAAAGAGAAAGAGAAUCCCAAGCAGGCUUUACACUCAGCUUGGAGCCCGACAUGGGGCCCAAUGCGGGUAUGAUCUCACGACCAUGGGAUCAUGACCCAAUGGGAAGUUAAGAGUCAGACACUCAACUGACUGAGCCACCCAGGCACCUCUAGCAAAAUCUUCUUCAUUCAGUUCUCUCUGCCCACUC